AUGCCACAUUUCCCCAAGGAUUCUGGAUUUACGUCCAAAGAUGCGUCCAGCGCACAAACAGCUGUCACAGUCAAAAACCGUCGCAAGCGGUAUCUGGACUUGCAUCCAGAAUACUUCUCGGCGGGGCUUGAGCUAGCCGACCCGUUACUAUACGAUCGCCUCAUCCGCCGAUUCCAGACAACGCAAGAAAGAGAGGCCGAGGGGCGAGCGAAGGGGUUCUCAGGUGUCCUAGAAACUGACCUCAUGCGGUCUGAAGCUAAGAUGGAUGCGAUCUCACACCCGGACCCUAACGCCAUGAUGAGCUACACUCGCGGUCCAGAUGGGGAAAUCCUCGCCGAGGACCGUGAUGAAAUACCCCCGAAUAAGGAAGAAGGCGAGCGACUCUGGCGGUGGGAGAUGGGAUUGCGUUUCAUGCAGGGCAAUGACUCUGAUUUCGAUUACAAGACCGUUGAUCAAAAUGACGAUUACGAUGAUCACACGGAUGAGCAAGACCAGUAUUUCGAGGAUGAGGAGCCUGAAUGGGUGGUUGACGGCACACGCGGGGACGAUGCUCGCCCAAAUCUCCAGGGUGAAACAGGAAUUCAGGAUUUCUAG